GGAAAUCUGCGAAAUGGUUAUAGUUGGGAUUCUAUUUAGCUACAUUAUAUUAACAUGUUCCAUCUGUGCAUCUACGUCGGAAAGCUUGGAUGCAGUAUAUUUGUCUAAUCAUCUCGCUAUUCUUUCAAAUGACGUGCUUGGGGUUCAAUACAUGCAGGACAUUCUAAACCAACAUGAAUAUGAUACGGUACCUACGGAGGAUGGAGAAGCUCUUAUUGAUACGUUGAAGGAUUCACUACAGUAUAAGUACCAAAAUGCCAUCGCGGUUGCAAACGAAUUGGCCAGUGUUGUCAAAGAAUCGUUUCUAAGUGAUACGCAGUCUACGUGGCCACAGUGUUGCCGCUUGCCAGAAGAAGGCCUCGAGGAAAACCCACGUUUUAAACAAAAGACGGAUGAUAGCCAACUCUGUUACUACGUUAGUGGCACCGCUACGUCUCAACCGCAUAUUCUUUUUGAAAAGGCAUUCGACGAGAUGAAGCGAAUAGAAAAUCAAUAUCCCAACGUUCUGUGGCAGUAUUUUGGAAGCGAGGAGGGCGCACUACACCAGUAUCCUGCUACUGCAUCUACACCCGACUGUGACUCGUAUGACCCACGAUACAGGCCGUGGUACGUAGAAGCUGCAACGCCGAUGCCUAAGGAUGUCGUGAUCGUCAUUGACCGAAGCGGGUCAAUGGUGACUACACAUAAAGGAAGAACGUUGAUGAACAUCGCAAAAGAGGCUGCAAUAACGGUCCUCAAGUCAAUGAAUCAAAAUGACAGGGUUGGCUUCGUGGCCUUUUCUGAUAAGGCUUCAACGCCAGAGGGCGGAUGUCACUCUCAAAGAUUAGCUCAAGCUUCUGCACUUAAUACUUUAGAUCUUGAAGAUGAAAUUAAUAACAUUUCACCGGCUGGCAGUACAUACUAUAGCCAUGCACUAAAUGCGGCUUUUGAUCUCAUAAAGAAUUCGCCUUUUCCAGAAAAUCAAACCCGAAACCAAAUAAUUAUGUUUUUGACUGAUGGACUGCCAUCUGAUGAUAAAAAAACAAUAAUGGAAACACUAUUGCGGAGGAGUGAGGAGACUAUGUUUAAAAUUGCUUUGUUAACGUUUGGAUUUGGUGAAAGAAUAGACGAAAACACAGAAAUCUUAUCGGAUAUUGCUCUCCAGAAUUUUGAGAAAUACGAGCUAACACCAAAUUCCUUGGUUGGUGACAGAACAAUUGGCGCGUAUACUUAUGUCACUGAUCCUGAUAAACUCCGAGCUUCCAUGGCGACAUAUUAUAACUAUAUAUCCAAUGCUGGUACCUUUGAUGAUAUUAUAUUUACAGCUCCUUACGUAGAUGCCUUCGGAUCAGGUCUAUUGAGUUCGAUUUUGAAACCUGUUAGAAUUGAUGGCAAAUUGAAAGGCGUAGUUGGGACAGACAUUCCUGUAGCAGAAAUGUUUGAAGAUGUCACCUAUUUCAAACAAGGCGAAUAUUCAUACGCAUUUCUAUUCGACGGUAAAGAUUCUGCUCAAGGUCGUACUCUGAGUCACCCCCUGUUACCCUUACCGCAGGCUGUGACCAAUGACUUUUCAAUAUACGUUCACAUUACAACACUAGAGAGGGCGCCAGAAUUUGAAGAAUAUGUUUACAAGGACGCCGUCAGUGGCGGUGAAGGAAAGCGGAUAUUCGUGGCUGACAAAAUUAUAGCCCGUGGGGACACGUUUGGUGAAGGGGUAACGAUUGUAUCCGUCUCCACUACAUACUACUGGAGACAGAUUGAAGAAACAUCAAUUAUCGUGGUAUUGGCCUUCGUCGAGGAAGAGGGUAAAGCUCAACUGAAGAAACAAGAAGUAGUCGGUCACCCUUUUAUAUAUCAUCGGAUCGACUUAUGGACGCCCUCUGGAGUAACAAUUUGCAAUCAUAUUGGGAAUUACGCAAUUACCAGCUCAAGUGCUAUAUACCUGAACUCAGAUGCCUUUGUGGAGCCUACGAAUUAUUUAGCCGAGCAAGAGACAUCGGACCUAGUGCAGGCUUACUCAGCUUACAUGAACGACAAUGAUGCUAGUCGUCAAAAUAUAUUCAAAGUAGAGAUGGUGUUGUAG